AUGGAUGCGUCAACUAGUCAAUCGAUACAAGAUAUUGUUGAUCAAAGAAGAGACUUACGCAUUCAACGUAUUGAUGCGAUAUUAAAAGAAUUUGAUACAUUAGAUUCAAUGAUUGAUGCGAAUGAAUCUUAUAUCAAUUUAUGUUAUAAAUAUGAACAAAUUUAUUCUCUAUGGGUUUAUGUUCAUAGGGAUUUUCAACCUGAUGAAUUAACGAACGAAGAAGCUACGGUAUGGCGGUUAAUGCCAGCUAUCAUCUUAUGUUAUAAGUAUUAUUUAAUUAAAAAGCGCGAAAUUAUGGAUAAAGCUGGUAUAAAUAUGGAUGAUCGACCGGUUCGCACGUUACGAUCUCUUCCUAAAUCAAGUAUCAAAUCCGAUUUAAUUUUUAUUCGUCGAAUCAUAUCUAAAAUUUCCCAAUUUUUAAACUUGAAGAAAAGAAAUUCAUCUUCCGAAGAGUCGAUAGCUUCUACAGAAAAAAUUAAAUUAUCAAUUAAAUCUGAAAAUAAACUUAAAAAAUUUUCUGAAAAUGAAUUAAAACAGGAAUGGAAAAAUUUAAUUAAAAAAUUUCGUAAAGCAACAGCUCAAUGUAUUCAAUGUAGUUCUUCUAAUACAUUUACGUUAGUUUCUAAUAAAAAAAAACAAAAAUGGAUUAAACAAGUCAAAAAGCUUGUAAGUGAAAUUGAGAAAUCUUCUAUUAUUGAUAAUGAUAUCAAGAAUCAUACUGAUAAUGCGGAAAAUCUCGCCGAAACAGAUUUAAUUGAACGAAGAGAAAGAUCAAGAACUCAAAAAGAAAGUGAAAGGACGGAAGGAGAAAUCGAAGAUGAAAUAACUAUUGAGUAA